AUGCCAAAGCCACGGUCGAAGCGAGGCGAGAUGCGCGAGGGGCGCAAGCGGAAGCGCCAGGAGCAAGAGGUCGGCACCGUCGAGAGCAAAAGGGCACGGCACGACGACGAGUCCGCUGGCUACCAGCUCGACGACGACGCGGCACGCCCGCGCAACGAUGGUGGCGAAACUGAAUUCUUCGGCAUGCUCGCCGAUGAGGAGCAGGAGUACUUCCGCAGGGCCGACGAGAUGCUCGAGCUCAACCAGUUCCCCUCGACCGAGGACCGCGACAUGUUCCUCGAAAACGUCUACGGCGAAGCCAAGGGCAAGGAGCUCAAGCUUGCCAGCAGCCAGUCGUGCUCGCGCCUCAUGGAGCGGCUCAUCCAGCUGUCCAGCACGGCGCAGAAGAAGCGUCUCUUCGAAGCCUUCGGGGGACACUUCCUGUCCCUGGUCCAGCAUCGGUUCGCGAGCCACUGCUGCGAGGCGCUCUUCCUUCGCUCCGCCGGCGUCGUCUCCCACGAGCUCUCCGGCUUCGUCCUCGACACGACGGCCAAGGACGUCGACGAGCAGGAGCCCGAGGCCUCGAUGGAGAGCCUCUUCCUCGCCACCCUCGACGAGCUCGAAGGCAACUUGACCUUUCUCAUGGCCGACCGGUUCGCAUCCCACACCCUGCGCGUCCUUCUCCUCGUCCUCUCCGGACGGCCGCUGGAGGAUGCCUCGGCCCGGACGCUCAUGAAGAGCCGGAAGAAGGAAAACAUAUCGGUGGCGGGUUCGGCCCUCGCCGACGAGCAGAACCGGGGCCUGCGGGCGACGCCCGAUUCCUUCACCAUGGCCGUUCGCAAGAUCAUCGGCGAUUCCAUCGCAGACAUGGACCCCACCGCCCUCCGCGUGCUGGCCAAGCAUCCCAUCGGCAACCCUACACUGCAGCUGCUCCUCGAGCUCGACAUGAUGCUCAACAAGACGGACCAAAAGUCGGACUCGACACAGCCCUCGCUGCUGCUUCGGCUGCUCCCGGGCGCGCCCCAGUCUCUGUUCGACGGCGCCUCGGAGGCAUCCGAGUUCGUCAACGGCAUGGUCUACGACCAAAUAGGCUCCCGCCUUAUCGAGACGCUCGUCACCCACUGCCCCGGCAAGAUCUUCAAGGCCCUCAACCAAAACAUCUUCCUCCCCCGCAUCGAAGGCUACGCCCGCAACGACAUCUCAUCCUACCCGGCGAUCAAGGUUCUCAAUCGUCUGGGCAAGGACGACCUGGUGCAAGCCGUCGGAAGCAUCGCACCGACCGUCCCCCAGCUGGUUUCGAAGACGAGGUUCAACGUGCUCAGGACACUGUUCGAGCGCUGCGCCGCCAGAGGCAUCCCCGACGAGAUCAAGAAGCUCGUAAAGGGACUCAAGGAGGGUUGCGGAAGCAAGCCCGUAGACUUGGUCACCACGCUCUGCUGCCUAAAGGACGGAAAGGAAAAGGUCAAGGACGUCGAGCAGCUGUCGCGCAACCAGUACGCGAUCCAAUCCCACGGCGCGCAGCUCCUCACAACCCUGCUGUCGAUUCCCGGGCCGUCCAAGGCCGUCCACGAAUCCAUCCUCGCCCUCUCGUCGGACCAGCUCAUCCGCCUUGCCACGACGUCAAUGCCCACCGUGACGCUCCUGACGACGGCCAUGACCACGCCUUCUGCCAACUCUCUCUUCCAAAAGUCCAUUGUCGGCACCAUCUCGGCCCGCACGGCGGAACUGGCCGUCUCCCAAUUCGGACACAACCUCGUCGUCGCCGUCGCCGGCGUUCCCAGCAAGGGCAAGGACCUCAGCGUCCCUUACCAUUUGAAGGAGGCCAUGAUGAACCGGCUCGGCUCCCACGAGGCAGAGCUGAGAGAGUCGUGGAUGGGGCGCAGCGUCUGGCGCAACUGGAAGGGCGACACGUGGAAGACGAGGAGGGGAGACUGGAAGGUCUGGAUGAGGGAAGUCGACGGACCGCCACAGGAGCACCAAGCUGACAGGCGGCGCGGCACGAAUGGAUCACACGAGACGACGGCCACUGAGGAGAAGAAGGCUACGAGAGUGGCAAAGAACCCCGGCGAGGAGAGCCAAAAGGGAGAGGUCGAAGUCGGGAGUGAGGAGACAGUAGAUAAGGCAGCCGACGGGGAUGAUGGGGACAUGGAGCCAGAGGUGGAUAAAGAGCACACAGCAGAGAGGCGGUUGCAAAAAGAGACGAAAACCCGGGGCGAGAGUGAGGUCGGAGAUGACCAGAGGGACAAGGGGGAGAAGGAGGCAAGAAAGAAGGAGGGGAAGGAGAGGAAGGAGAGGAAGGAGAAGAAGGGGGAGAAGGAGGAAAGAAGAAAAGAGAAAAAGGAGAAGAGGGAAAAGAGAGCAAAGGAGCGACAUGACGGGUGA